AUGAAAUAAUAAUGGAAUGAUAUUAAUGAAGAUGUUAACAUGAUUACUAUUCUAAAAUCCAAAUUUAAACAGACCAGUCCUACUUAAAUUUGUAUUUACAUAUAUUACUAAUGAGAUUACUAGUCCUAUGAUCAUGAUGGAUUGUUACUUAAAGAUAACAUCGUAUAUACAGGAAUACUUCGUAAUUAUACUUUUGUACUUUAAAGAAAAGAUAAAACUGAAUUUGUUCUUGACUUUAAUCAAUACCAUAUUAGUAUCUAUUUUAUAUCAUAUAUUAGAACUAUCCAUAACUUCCAAUGAUGUCUUUCAAUUAUCUCUUUUCAAUUAUUAGUUUUAGUUUUAAUCUCUUACUAAUAGUAAACAAUGGAUCCUCUCUCUUAAUUACUAUAUUAAUACAUCCAAACCAUAUUGCUUUUAAUCACCAUCACCAAACUUCUAUCUUUAACAUAAAAUACCUUUUGAGGUUUUUGAAAAGAGAGCUGAAUCCUUAGAUUUACUACUUUUUAAAAAUAAAUCUAUUGCUUGUUAACUUUAAAGAUUAAUCACUAAUAGUGAAUAUGGUAAAACCAUUUCACUAAUUAUUUAGAUCAUGUUGCAUUACUUUUAAGAAAUAAUAAAAAUGUUCUUCAUGUAUUUGAAGCUAAUAGUGAUGAUGGAGUUUGUAUAUAUACUUGGGAUGCUCUUAUGCAAAGCAAUUUUCAAGAAUAUGUAACACAAAUUAGUUUUAGAUAAUUAUAUACUAAAAGAGAUAUGGCAUUGUUAUUAAAAUUACAAGAAUUUGUUUAUAAGAAUCAUGGCAAAAAAUAUUCCGUUAAUAUAAUGAAACUAUGUAAAAAAAGAUCAAUUACAGGAGUUGAAAAAGAAAACUACUUUUGUUCUGAAUUAAUAGCUGCUUGCUAUAAACACAUAGGAAUUAUGGAAAAUGAUAUUUCAUCCUGUUAAUUUUGGCCAAGUAUUUAGAUGCAUUUAUAAAUCUAGAGGAUUUUGCAGGAAACAUAAAAUUAACCAACGCUUAAUUAAGUCAUGAGAUUAUUAUUUAUUAAUGA